AAAUCAGAUCUAAAAGACGCAAACGGGGACCUGCAAGAAUGAACAACACUUUGGUGAUUGCGUUAGUUGUCUGCUUUGCGCUCUUCGGUCUUGGCUCUGCUCUCAGGUGCUACAAAUGCACAGAUUACUCUGGCCGUUGCACAUACGUGCAGGACUGUACCUAUGAGGAUGCCUGUCUGACGCUAAAGGAAAGAGCUGGAAAAACUAUCCGGCAGUGCAUCAGAUAUACAGAUUGUGACAAUGCCAGACUCGGCCAGAUGUUCCCCCAGGUAUCGACGGGAUUUUCAUACAGAUGCUGCAGCAGCAACCUGUGCAACAGCAGCACUGCGGCAGCUGUCAGCAAGCCCCUCCUCGGCCUGCUGGCUUCUCUGGUGGUGUUCUGGUGGUGUGUUCUCUAAGCACGGAGACAGGCGCAGAUAACAGCCCAGCCGCUGAACUAACUCGUCUGCUUCUGCUAAAUAUCCGGGCCACCAAUGUCUUGUAAACAAAUAGAGAGGAAUGUGUUCAUAAGAGAUGUGAAACCUAUAACCGAUUUUCUGCUCUAGAGCACUCGCCCUUUCUUAAUAACAGUCUGUAUCAUUGAGUUUUUGUUUAUUUUCUUGUAUUUUUAAUUGUACUCCUCAUAUUGUAACCCUAGCAUAAAAUGAUCCCUAUGAUGUACAAAGUGUCUUGCUUUCCAGUUGAGUAGUGAUUUUAUUUUAUUUGCUUAUGUACACUUUUUGGGAUGUGCACAAGCUGUAUUGCACUUUUGCAGAGGUAGCAGGCAAACAUGCUUUGAAGCAUAUUUCAUUGACAUUGCCAAACUGCAUUAAAUGCAUAUAAUUGAGUUAAUUUAGCAACAGGUGCUCAGCAACAGAUUUAAAUCUGGAUCAAUCACAUAUUAUUUUAUCUUACUAGAUCCAGAGGAGAAGAUUGCCUGGAUACCUACAGGAAAGUACAGGUGUUUUAGGUCAAAGCAGUGCAAUGGUCAUUCAUGUCUGCUUUUUUCAGGAAAUUAAUAAAAAAAUUAUAAAUAAUAUUUUCAUUUUAAACUGCACUGUAGACUUUUGUGACCCACAGUGUUUCUUUGUUAUUUUUAAAUGCUAAAAAAGUUAUUAUCGGCAAUGCUUGCAUUGCAAUCCCUCUACAUGUGUGCAUCUAUUGAGUUUAUAAAACUGGAACAACUUCCUUGUUGGUCGUUUAGCCCAAUCACUAUAUUAUCUCGGUACAGUAAUUGGUACCAGACAUACCAAACAUAUUAUGUUUUUGUACACCUGAGUAAAAUCUUAAUUUCAGAUCUCUUCCCAGGAGAGAAUGAACAGAUAUGUCAAGGACAAAAUUCAUUCAUGUACACUGACAUGAAAAACAUUAUUGGCAUCACAUUUUCACUAUCAUACAGUAACUGUGCUCUUUUGUGAAAGGGCAGAUAAAGUAUGUUAGAAUUGUAAACUGCGUUAAUUCAUAAAUAAGCACUGGAGGUAGAUUUGAAAGGAACAUUUUCCUAACAUUACAAAGGUAGCCAGUCUCUGGAAAAGGCAGUCCUAUUCAGUGAUAUGGAAAUGUGGACUUUGGAUUUGGGUACCAGCAUAGGUAUUAGGUCUGAGUUAAAAACAAUAUUCUUGUUUCCCAGAAAUGGCUUGAAUGGCAGAUACUUUUAGACCUGGAUGAAAAAAGAUUACAUUUUGGUGGUAUGCUGUUGGCAAAGUGUCAAUAUAGCUGUUGGGAAUGUAAAAAAUAAUGAUUUGGUUUUCAAUUGAUCAGAACAAAUGAUCUAAAUACACUCCUGCUUCAGCAGGACAGUUAGAGAGUGUACAGAGGCACAGAGCUGCUUAGCAACCCCCUGAAUAAAAGCUUGGAUAAAAUGCAUAAACAUUUCUUUAGGAGUCUUUAACUGACAGACAUGAAACAUUUCUCUGGAACCUUUCUCUGCAAAAAUGUUAGUCACAAGUGACUGCAGGGACAUGCAUGUUACCCAUCUUGAACUAAGGCAGUAUAAACCAUCCCCAUCACAGUUCCACUUAUUGAAGGAGCAUUCAAAGUGAAAUUCGCAAUAGAUGUCAUGUGAGGUGUGUGUAAAUAAACCCACAAUAAACUCUACAGACCAGCAGGUCAGUAUAGUCUAGAGCAGGGGUCCCUUAUCAGUCCUGGGGACACCCACACGUAUUUGUUACAUCUGAGCUCUGUCACAUAACUGAACUUUUGAUUGUACUUAUACGGAUACUAACUUUACCUUUUUAAUUGUCUUCAGUUCCUGAACAUGUAGGAGGUUGCAGUCUGUAAGUCACAAAAGAUCUCUAAUUUCGGAGUAGAGCAAAAAGACAAAGAAAUACAAUAAAGCAACUCAAUUAGUCCACUUAAGGAUUUGAUGAAGUGAAGAAAGCUGGCCUGAACAAACUCCGGUAUUUGUUAGGCUCCAUAGGACCAGAACUGAGGGCCAGUCCUGGCUCUCGGGGGGGCCCUGUGUCUUCUGGUUUUUGUUCCACUUAUCUCUGACUCAAUUAGGCUAAUUCCACCGUAAUUAGUAUCAGUCUUUCUUCAGGUGUGAGGGGUGUAAGCAGACCAUUGCUUGUUUGUAGGUGUUGGAGCCACAGUGUGAUUUCCACCAGUCCGGACAUUGUGAACUGGUCACCUGUGAGCUGAUUAGGUGAAACUAAGAGUGUAACCCCUUGAGGAGCAGACUGGACAUGGUUUAGUUUAGGACAAGCUCUCUGCAGCAACACAAUUGCAGCAGUGUAUUGUGAAACCAAAGGCUGAAUGUAGAAAUGUAGGGUCUAAAACACAGGUUUAAUAAAGCAAGAGAUUCAGUUACAGGGAUCAAUCAGCCAGUUCAAAUGAAAAGUGGAACUGAUAGGCCACAGAUUUAAAGACGAGGGAAGAGAACUGAAGUAAUGGAAACCAAAUACAGUACAUUCCUUAGAAAACACCAGUAAAAACCUCCAGGUAAAACUGUUAAUUCAUAUUGCUAAUGAGCUGCAUGCACACAAAUAAACUUGUUCUAUGUACAAUA